UCAGAGAAGUUGGUGGCUCGUUGUUGCCAGAUUACGUUUUGCAAGCAGGAAACAAGAAAAGCAGUGAGAUAGAACUAGAGGAGGGAACAGACUACUCUGUCAUCCGUUGCACCCAAAACCGUCUCCCAGAGAGCAAUACGGUGUCUAAUGAGGGUUUUGAAUUUAGUCUGAUGCAUUUUUGAGGGGAAAGACAAAUCUCUAUAGCAACACAACCUUAAAACCUGAAAAUGGGCACUGAGGGGAACGAUUUAGAUCUUGCAGCUCAACAGCCACUGAAGGAGGAGAAAUCAACAGAGAACGAAAUGGAAUCUCCUGUGGAUCCUCCUGAAGUCCAAACAUCUGACUCCACAGACACCCUCAACACGUACAAGUGGCACACAGGAUCCAAAGGAACACUCAACGAGGUGAGAGAAGAAGCUGAAGGAGCAGCAGCUUCUUCCACGUCCACGCUCGAUAAGAUUCAGAAGGCCUCAGCCAACAAAUGGAGCAAGGUGCAAAACUGGCGUAAGGCCCUGAGCGAGGACUGUGGAGACAAAAAUGCAUCGAGUGGAAAAAGUGGAGAGGGAGCCAAGCCAGAGAAAGGCGGGGGAGGAACCAGAAAGAACCCGUUCAGGAGAGCUCUGUCCGAGCCUCCAGGGUCACUGUUUGCAGCCCUUUCCCCGUCCUCCAGCUCUGCUGGCUCAGCUCAUGCAGCUUCAGCUGCUGCAGAGAGCUCAGGGGUCUCCUCCACAGACCCUACACAGAAGGGCGGCGGAGGGGCACUCUUUAAAAAGUACCUAAGGACGGUGUCCCAGAAGCUCAAAAGGCCCAAGCUGCAGAGUCGGAGCAGCACAUCCAACUUACUGACAGAUGGGGGUGAAUCAGUACCCACUGGCUGUAGUCUCCAAAAACUACCAUGGGUCCCCCCGCAGGAAGUUCCCUUAUGGGACAUUACCAACUGUAUGCUGGAAGAUGGACAAAUUAUCAUUUCCCCCGAGGAAGAGCCAACGAUGUGGACACGUAACCGUGUCAGCAGCUGCCUGUCUAACCUCAGCAUGCAAAACCUUGUAGAUAUCGACACAGAAUGUAGCCCUGACCCCCAUGUGGGCCUUCCGGGCGGCCCUCGACCAAAGAACCAAGACGGUGGCGUGAGGGCACUGAUCAAGCGCCGCCUUGAGAACAGGGCCAAGAGGAAUAACAACGGCCCACUGAACCAAUCUGUCCUAAACAAAGACAGCAGGCUCUAUGGUUCUCGGGAAUCAGUUUCAAUUCCUGUCAGUGCAGUGGGGAGUCUGGACCUGAGUUCUGACACCAGCACUGUCAUAAGGCCGGUUCACAGCUCCAUUCUGGGGGAGAAGUAUUGCUUUGAGGUGAUAAACUCUGAGAACACCCACUGCUUUGGAUGCACAUCAGCUGCUGAGCGUGACCGUUGGAUUGAAGACCUGAGACGAGCUGCCCAGCCAAACAAGGAUAACAUUGAACGCACAGAGAACUCCCUUAGUCUGUGGGUAAAUGAAGUAAAGGAUUUGCCACCCAAAAGGAGUUAUUACUGUGAGGUACAUUUGGAUGGGACCCUGUUUGCCCGGACCAGCACUCAAGCUGUGGGUAAGCCAAGUAACCGCUCAAACCUUGCCGGAGACAGCUCUACCGGAUCUUCAGGAGCCCUUGGUGCCAGUGGAGGUGUGGCUGGAGGGUGUCAGCUAUUCUGGGGUGAGUUCUUUGAGCUGGACAAUCUACCCUGUGUCUCCCAAAUCACCCUGCACCUCUUCCGCGAAGAAGACCCUAAGAAGAAGCGUCACUCUCGAGAUGAGUCCAGCCUCCAUCCACUGGGCAGCGUGGCCAUACCUUUAUCCGAGAUCCGCGGGAGGACCUACCAGGAGAAGUGGUAUCCCAUCACUCCAUACAAACCCUCAGGUGCAGCAGGAGGCAAAGAACAGCUGGGGCAACAGGCUUCACUCCGCAUCAAGGCCCGUUUCCAGAAUUUGCAAGUGCUGCCCAUGGAGAGAUAUAAAGAGUUUGCUGAGUAUGUUACAGUGGAUUAUGUGGAAAUGUGCAGAAACCUGGAGCCACUUCUCAAUGUGAAGCAGAAGGAAGAGUUGGCAGGAGCUCUGGUCCAUGUACUGCAGAGUAUUGGCAAAGCAAAGGAGUUCCUUGUUGAUUUGGGAAGUGACGAGGUGGAACGUCUUGGAGAGAAGGAGGCACUGAUCUUCAGAGAGAACACACUGGCUACUAAAGCUAUUGAUGAUUAUAUGAAGCUGGUGGGCCAGAAGUACCUUAUUGAUACACUAGGGGACUUUGUCAACCGUCUUUACGCCUCAGGGGACAAGUGUGAAGUUGACCCUCGUAAAUGUCCUGCUUUGGAACUGGCGAACAAUCAGAAGCAUUUGAUGGAUACCUGUGAGGAGGUGGUGCAAAAGAUUGUUGAGAUCCACGGACCCUUUCCUGAAGAGCUAAACAAGAUCUUCUCCAGCUGGGUGGAGCUGUGUGAAGACCAGGGCCGACCAGAAAUUGGUCAGCGGCUCAUCUCCGCUUCCCUCUUUCUUCGCUUCUUAUGCUCGGCUAUCCUCAGUCCAUCUCUUUUUGGGCUUAUACAGCCUUAUCCAGAGACAAACACCCUGCGGACACUCACCUUAACUGCCAAAGUCAUCCAGAAUUUGGCUAACUUCACCCUGUUUGGAGAGAAGGAGGAAUACAUGCUGUUUAUGAAUGAAUUCUUGCAGCAGCACUGGGAUGGAAUGAGGGGCUUUCUUCAAACUGUUUCAAGUUCAGACCCUGAAAUCCCAAUGACUUCCUUUGAUGGGUAUGUGGACCUGCCUCUGCGCUUGGCUGUGCUGCACGGCCUGCUGGUGGACAUCAUCUAUCAGAAGGACCAGGACACAAUUGACAAGCUGCAUCCUCUGCCUUCAAUUCUGAACCAGAUAUCAGAGUCAUUAGGUCCUGAAGCACAGAGGAUUACAGUUAGCAGCAAGCCAGAGUACAUCCCUCCUAAAUACUUGGACAAGUACAGCCCACACAAAUCAUCCUUUCAGCAGCUUCCUGCAGACUCCAAAGGCCAAGACAGCAGAGAUGCCAGGCCUCAGAAGAGUGUGAGAACGCCAGUAAAGAGAACCCAGAGUGCUCCACACAGACCCGCUCACAAGAGAGCCUUAAAGAGGCAGACAAGUUCUGAAAAUUUGCCAACAUCUGACAAUGAGCCAGAGAUGGAGACCAACCAGCCACGCAUUUCCAAACCAAAUACUAAUGCCAGUAUCAAACGUCCACAUGCACCAGUUCCCUGGAUCAAAGACAAUAACAGGGAGUCAAGUGAGAUGAAGCCUGAGAGCGAGCAUUUCAACUUACUGGAUAGGCAUGCUCAAGAGCUGUCAGAGCUACGUCUGGGGAUCGAGCAAGUUACAGAGCGUGAGCUGGACAUGGCAAAGCGCUUGGAGGACUUCAUAAUCCAAAGCCAGGACCAGAAUGCAAUGCUGCAGGCAGAGGUGAACGAGCUCCGUAGCAUGCUGGCUGUACGAGAAGAGCAGCUUGCCAGUGCCACCUUCAGGCUGGGUGUGAUUGAGGAGGAGAGGGAGGAAGAUGAGAGGAAGCUGGGGGUUGCAGUUGCAGCUUCUGAGCGAAUGAACGUACUGGAGGAACAGUUUGCAGGCCUGAUGAAGGACCUCCACCAGCUCAGUGAGGCCUACGACAGUGGGCCAACUCACAGCAUUCUGAAAAACCACACAUAAACAGCAACUGAACCCUAUAAUGAACUUUAGCUGCAGUAUCACAGUGUGGAUUUAAACACAUGUAGAGGGUUUUGAAAACAACAGUCUGAAGUCACAGUUGUAGUUUUUUUGUGAGCCAGUGUAAAUCUAUGUUGUGAACAUAAUGAGACUACAGGUAGGAGGUCAGAUUCUGACUGAGAUGAACAUAAAAUGUUGAUGUGUCUGCCUUUUUGCUUCCAUUGUAUCUCAGAUGCGGACAUGUUUUAUAUGUGAACCUUUACGGGGCAAACAGAGCAACGACAACAACAAUGAAUAAGAUCAAUUCUAAGCUACAAUGUCGCAGCACAAUGCAUUGCUGUACAUUAGUCCAGUCAUCUAUUCAAGCGGAACAUAUCCUACUCAAACUUAGGUGUUGUUUAAAAAGGUUGUUCAUGAAAAUCAACGUUUCAUAAUGUGCAUCAUUAAGGGGCACAACCUCCUUUGAGGGGGAAAUUAAACAAAUGAACAUUGAUACUCAAUCUGAUUUUCUUGGUUGUAAGUUGUCCAGUACAUUGACCGGCACUUUCUGCUCUAAAAAAUAAAAUAUACAA